AUAUAUAUAUAUAUAUUAGAUUCAUCUACUAGAUCUAUAGAGCGGCGUAGCAUCUAUGGCGUGAAGUGGUUUAUUGCGUAGGUUCAUGACUCAUAUCAGUUGGGGCCCACAUUUACAUUAGAGCCCUUGCCCUUGGAGAUGACACCAAAGUGAAAAAAAAAUUGCACUUCGUAAAAUUCAAAAUGUACUAAUACUGUUAACUCAAAUUACUUCUUGCUCCUCAAAGGAAACUACAAUUUGCAGCAUUUAGUUGGAAAUUAGAAACAUUCAUUACUAUUGUUCUGCUUAUUGUUGACUACAAAAUUGUAAGCAAUCAACGUUGUGUCAAAAACGUUGGAAAAUGAGAAGCAAGAUCUAUAUAGAGCAGAAAGUUAAGUGCAGAAGAUAAAGAAUGAAGUUUAUAUUUAAGUUUACAAGUGGUUUGAGAAAUGACUUUAAGAAUGUAAAAAAUAAGGCUGCUGAGGUGUUGAUCCUGUUUUAGCUUUACAUGAAUUGGGGAAAGUUAAAAUGUAAUUGUUUCAUAAUUACUUGACAGGUUUCAUAGGUGUAAAUUUUUGUCAACAUGUUUGAGCCAUUAAUGCUUAGGAGUGCAAACGACAAAGAGUUAUAUCAUGCCACCAUUUUUCUAGUCUUAUCAGACCCAAAUGAUUUUGCCAUACCAUAAAGACAUAUUAAGUCUCAGUACAAUAUUUAGCUUUUUUUUAACCAUAGACAGCUACAUUUUAUCAUCAUGUUUUCCAAGCAUUGUCUUGCACAUGCAUGUUAUUUCUUACUUUGUCAGCCACUGAUUGUUCAGCAGAGCGGUCAUUCUUCGGAUUUCCAAUGAUAAAAAAUAUUUAAGAACUAGUUGACCCACGGCGUAGCAUACGCCGCUAUUUAGUGACAGGUGAACACUUACUGAAAGACACAGCUGGUCAAAUGGGGUGGGUUUGGGCAAACAACUGUGAGUGAAUGAAAAGAAGGAACUCUGGAGAGAGCAACAUACAAUAGUCCAUGACUGAAAACAGGUUUUGGAAGAUACAAUCAUAUCUUUUUGAACCUUUGGCCUUGGGGUUUAUCUAACGAAUUUUCUGCGCGUAAAGGUAAAUGGCAAAUUUGAAUAUGAUGGAGUCAGGAAUAUCCAGGGAAUAAACACAGUUUGUGAGGUAGCAACUGCGAUAGUUUAACACUCUUAGGACUCUAGUACGUUGUGGUGAAUGGAACCACUAAACAGCAGGGAUAUGGAGAGACGUUGACCCAGAUUGUAAACUCGAGAAGGGUCAUGCGGACGUUAUCUGAAUACUGAUAGUAUUGGAAGUGUUUGAGACAUCACCACAAUUUCAGCCUCGCCACCAUAAAGUAUUCAUGUAGGCAGUGUAUUGUCGAGUAGAGUGUAUGACUGAGCUUUUGUGAGUAAGAACAACUGACAGGGCGUUGCCAUAGUUAUCCCAAUGUUCGAAAACAAAGCUUACAGCCAUCUUGCAAAGUUCGAGAGCAACAGUUUCGUCGAUGAUAUUUUUCCAGAAAUAUGUGACUGAUAGAAAUAAACAGUUACCUGAUGCAGGAAUCUCGAAAGACCUGUUGACCCCACGAAAUAUAUGUGAAGCAGUGGCCAUGGUUAGGAAACGAAUGGCUAUAUGAAGGGGCAAAAUCAAAAUAAAGCUACAGAAAAAAACAUGCAACUAUUUUAAUGACACCAGAUAUUGAUGUGUGUAUAAAAUACACACAUAAAUGUAGUCAAAUAUAGAAUGUAAAGAGAAAGAUUACUUGUUAAUGUUUACUUUAUCCAACAGUAUUGAUAUUUUAUUUUUUUAAUUUAAAAUUUCAUGUAAUUAGGUAGUUUUUAAUUAGUCAUAUUAUUCUUUACUGUUUUAGCCACAUCUGGAUCAUGCCCAUAUGGUAUGAUUGUUAAUGUUUUUGCAUGAAAACACUAACAUUCUGGAGUGAAUGAUUAGAUGUACACAUGUUUUUGUCUCACAUGUAGUCAUCUAUUUUUAGAAACAUCUGUACAUUUAUAAGAUUAGAAAAAUUUUUUUUUUGAUUUCAGGAUUGAGGAAUAGUAAAAGAAAAACAAAAUGGAUAUGGCUUCACUUUGGAACAAAACAUUAUCAGAUUUACCAACAGAUUUAUUUCUCAGACUUCGUGAUUACCUUGAUGUUAGUUAUUCACAUAAUCAAGGAUGGAGGGCCAUUGUUGCUAAUCUCAAUGGAAGAUAUGUCUUGAGUAGUACGGAAGAUUUUGAGCGCAGGGAGAGUCCAACUACAGCUCUUUUAACUAAACUUCGCAGUCUGGCUCCUGUGACCAUUGUUCAUAAUCCUCUAAGUGAGAUCAGUGCAGUAGAAGGAGAGACAGUGGAAAUAUCAAUAGAAGCUAAAGGUUUCCCACCACCACAGUAUCAAUGGUACAAAGAUAACAUGAAGCUGGAAAUGGCCACAGAAAAUGUUUUGAGGAUAUAUAACUUUAACAUCAAGGAUGAAGGUGAAUAUAAGUGUGCUGCCUACAAUGAUGAAGACAUUUUGAAACACAUUUUCUCAACAAGUUGUAAAGUUUAUGUUGAGCCAGUUCAACCAGUUCCACCUUUGGAAAUCAAAGAACAUCCACGACCUUGUUUUGUUUUUACUGGUGGUACUGCUGUAUUUAAAUGUGAAGUCUGGAGUUCUGCUCAGUUGUCAUAUCAGUGGUACAAGGAUGAACAAAAACUUCAAGAUGGACUUUGUGUUCAAGGCUCUAGUACAGAGGAAUUACGAAUCAAAACUAAUGAAAUGGAUUCCUUGCAAUGGGAAGGAAAUUACUUUUGUCAAAUCUCACUGUUACAUCCAUGUAUUAAUUAUCCCUAUGAAUAUGUAUUUACACAAGCUGCUGCUCUGAAGGUUCAACCUAAACCAAACCCUAGUGUUCAAUCAAACAAAUUUACUUACAAUGCUACUGAUAAAGUUGCUCUUUUAAUUGGUUGCUAUGAUUACCGAAGUGAUCGUCUGUUGUCUGCUCCAGGUUAUGAUGUUCAAACACUGUCAAGCAUUUUUCAGUCAAUGAAUUUUAAGGUUGUAUCUUUAUUAAAUUUAACAAAAUCAGAAUUGUUGGCAGCUGUUGAUGAAUUCAGCAAGUUGGUUUGGAAAGGAGUUUACUGUGUCUUCUAUUUUUGUGGACAUGGAUAUGAAGUUUCCAAUCAGUGUUUCCUUGUUCCAGUGGAUGCUCCAUUCAUGUAUCAACAUCCCGAAUGUGUUGCUGCUAACUCAAUCUUUGAUUGUUUGUUAAAAAGAGAUCCACAGAUCUGCUGUAUGAUUUUAGAUAUUUGUAGAAAACCUUAUAUCGGGCAACCACCAGAAGUGCCAUUAAGUCAACAAACAUAUGAAAAGGGCAAUGCUAUAGUUUGUUAUGGCACGUCACAUGGUUUAGCUGCUUAUGAAAGUAAAAAUUAUGGAAUUCUAGUCAAGCAUUUGAAAAAUAUUGUAGGGCAGCCUCUAGAUAUUGAAAGUGUCUUUAGAAAACUUCGUGAAGCAAUCAAUGAGGACCCCAUGUUAAACAACAAUGGUAGUAAACAAGCAUAUAAGCAGAUUCCAGAAGUAAGAACCAACUUAUUAGAACCCAAACGUUCCUUCACUGAUCCUAUUGACAUCAAAGGGAAUACAGAGAUUUAUCAUGAUAAGACAACCAUUUGGGAAUUAGCUCACAGGAAACCAGAUUCCUUUUAUUUUGAUGUAAAAUUUGACAAUUUCAUUGUGAAAGUGAAGCUUGAUUUCCAGCAGGAAUUUUCUAAUGUUCUUAAAAUUUAUACAUCAAUUCUUGAUCCUGGACCAACACAGUCUUGUGUCGCAUAUGUUAGUGGUGUACCAGCUGAUGUUGCUGAGAAGGCCAAAGUCAGAACUAUUUCAACAGGACUUGACAAUAGAUUGAAGAAAAAUUUUGUUGUCAUACAUAACAUCCAACGCCUGAAGAAACCUAUGAAAAUCAAUGUGACAAUCAGUUGUAAAGUGCCAGACUGUAAAAAAACUAUAGAGUCCAUUGAUUUAGGACUUCCUUUGAUUGCCAGAUUGAACUUAUGGAAAGAAAGGCCAGAUUUGUUAUCUCAAAGAUUCGCUGAAGAAGUUGCUGAAAAUGAUGAUUCCAUCCUUUAAUUUGAAAGUAAUUUGAUUGUUGAAGUGUUUUUUAUAUUACUCCUCAUUACAUAAGUAUAAGAUACUUGUAUAUUCUAAAUAUAAGAUACUUGCCUAUUCUAAAUAUUUUGUUAAAUAGGAUCUUCUAUUCUUACUUUUCAUAUUUCUUACAAUUGAGCUCAAAAGUUUUUCAAGUACCGGUACUUCUUUCUAUUUGCUCUACAUUCAGAGCUAGAACAUUGCACUUGUCUGUGUGAUGUGAUCUUGAGUAUAUUAUCAUCCUUUGACUUGCCUGUACUUGUCUGAGCAUUACAGUUUGAUGGCAUUGAACUGUGUGACUCUAUUGAAGAGUUGCUGAUACCAUUAGAUGCUGUUUACUGUCCAUUACAUUUUUUAGAUUUUGAUGUCUAAGUUGGAAAAUUAGGGAUUAAUUAGGGCUUUGGGCUUGUGCAUAUAGUUAACUAAAAUGUUUACUAUUUUAUUACAUUGAUUAACAAGUGCUAGUUACCACAUAUAAAUGUCACAUAUAUUGUUUUAAUCAUGUUUUGGACAAAUAUUUAAUGUUAUCCAGAAAAAAAAAAUGUGGAAAAAAAAACAGAUGGUACGGCACACAAACAUUUUCCAAGACAGUAUUCAGCAUUCUUAUUGGCACUAUGGAGACAUUUUGAUUUCAAAAAAUGAGUUUUCAAUGAAUUAUCAACAACCCAAUAUUUUUAUAUUCAAAUAUUUGUAUCUGUGGAUUUUGUCAUAUCUUCUGUUUUGCUUGCUUUUUGUUUAGUGUGGUUAAUCUGUUAGGCCAGCCGUUUAGAUAACAAAAAUCUAGAUAAGUUAAUAGUUAAGAUCUUGUAAUGUUCUAAUGCAACUGCUACUUUAUCUUUUCUGAAAGUAAAACAUUUUUAAAUUAAAUAUGCAAGCAAUACACCAUUUUUAUAACUCUUCUUCAUGAAUAGUAAACAAAACAACAGGGAUUAUAUAUUAAUAAGGGAGCAGAUUUUUUGGGUAUAUUUUUAAAACAUUAAUGCAAAUGGUUUUGUUCUUUAUAAAAUAACGUUAUAAAAAUAUUUUAUAUAAAUUUAAAUAAAGUGUUUAUUUUUGUUUUAAUAGAGAAAGAAUGCUUUUAGAUUUAGAAUGUCUUUGGUAUAUUAUACUAUUGUAAUAUAUAGUGCCACUCUGCAAAAGUAAAUAUCAAUGUAAUAGUUACAGAUAAUUAUUCAAUAAUAUCAGGUAGGCCAGGUUCACACUGAAUGAAUAUUAACAAUGUAAUAAUAAUAACAUUAAUAUCUCUGUGCCAUAAUAAUAAUUUAAUUUAUAGAUUGCUGUUAACAAAUAAAAUGUAGGUUCAAGGCACUGUCAUAACAUUACACAUAAACACCAGAGCUAAAAUGAGAAAUUAAUCUAAAAAAGUUUUAAAAAGAUAGUGUGUAUUAUGUCAUCAGUAGGCCUAACAAUACAAUCGUGGAAACAAUUUCAUUAUACAUGCACACAUCUCGGCUCUUCUUUCUGUAUUGGCAGAGAUAAGAUUGUUAAAAGAUUGUUGUAGUUGAUUGUUUGCAGUACAUAGCUUCUGCUAUAUUCAUGCCUUUUUACCUGAAUUGUCCACUUCGCAGAUGAUUCUGAAUUUUGUGUUUCCACACAAACUAUCUCUGUAACCUUAUUUAUUCAUGUGAUAGAUAGGAAUGAUAAUUUUAUCUAAGUUUUCUGUGAUUUACCUAUUUUCUCAUUAGUAAGCUGUUAUGUAUUUAUUCAUUAUAAACUGCUUAAGGAAAGAGUUAUAGCUAUAAGGUUAAUAUUGUGAUUCCUUUUUAAAGGCAUAACAACUGAAGUUGAAAUAACUGCCAGGGAUUCCUCAAUCUCAAUUUUAAACCCAGUAAUAUCCUCCCUCUUAGUUUUCCUUUUGAAAUGAAUGUUUCCAUGAUUCAAGGAAUAAUGUAGAGAAACAGAGAAAAGGGCUAAUAGAAGUUCACUGAAAGAAAUGAGUAUUUCAAUAAGGAAAAGAUGAGAAGAGAUUUUAAUAUAAAUAGCUCAACUAAGCAUGCUAAGAAUACUUAUAUUAAUAAUAAUAAUAAUAAUAAUCUUUAUUGUCCAUAUGGAAAUUUGUCUUACAAAGAAACCCAAGUGUACAUUCACACCAGACUCACUCAUAAUUUACAUGUGACAAAGUUCUUAUUUAAUGAUUUGAUUGCCAGGGGAACAAAAGAGUGUUUGUGUCUGUUUGUCUUUGCUAUCGGUGUCUUGUAUCUCUUUUGUGAUGGUAAAAUCACAAAAUCCCGACACAAAGGGUGAUUCUUUAUUUCGAGGAUCUUGUUAGCUUUUUUAUAGAUGUUUGUAUCAAACAAUGGCCCAAAUGGGGUUUGUUUUUUACCAAUGAUUUUACCAGCAGCAUUUAGGAUUCUAUGAAGUUUAUUUUUAUUUUUAAUGCUCAGAUUGCCAUACCAGGCAGUGAUAUUGAAACUUAAAAUAUUGCAGAUAUGAGCGUGAUAAAAGAUAGCCAAGGCCUUUUCGCUAACAUUAAACGAGGACAGUUUUCUUAGUAAUCGUAAUCUUUGCUGCCCUUUUUUGCUGAUAUAAUCAGUAUUUGAAGUAAAAUUUAGUUUAUUGUCUAGGAUAGUACCAAGGUAUUUAAAGGUUUGCACAAUUUCAAUAGUCUCUCCAGCUACAGAAACAAUAUCAUUUUCCUUCUUUUCCCUACGAAAAUCGAUUAUCAUUUCUUUGGGGUUUUUUUUUACAUUUAAUAAUAAAAAAUUAUCUUUACAGUA